AUGCACGACUUGCGGAGAAUAUUCGCUUCAGGUUCAAGACAGAGUAGCGAUAUGUCACUGCUUGGCAAAGUAUUCAUGGUAUUUUUUUGGCUCGCGCUCAUCAUGCACGUCGUGUCCAGCCGGAAGGUAGAAUGCUAUCGAUAUGCAGAAUACGGUGAACGACACAGGGUGUCGUGUGAAACGAAUGGAGCUGGAUGCUUGAUAUCGUUGAGUGCGGACGGUGAAUUCCUGACAGGAGGAUGCGAUUAUCAUUGCGAUCGCGAUCGAGGACCACGUUGUUGGACUGAGGAUGGUGAACGAAAGUGUUGCUGUUUCACGCAUCUUUGCAAUGAAGUGGUUUUAUAG